AUGAGCAUCAAGUCGAGCAAGACCAAACCGUCCCUGGACGUCUACAAGCAGAGUUUUCGAGAGUAUCUGCGCGAGACUGAUGCCGUGAAGGACGAGACGGAGCUGGAGAAGCUCAUGAAGCUGCUACACGAACCUCUGCCUGUGUCUUUUCGACUCAAUUUGCACCCGUUGGCUCUUCGUGGCGCUGCGUUGCUCAAGGUUGGCGGUAUCAUGGUCUACUCGACGUGUUCGUUUAAUCCUGUCGAGAACGAGGCCGUUGUGGCGGAACUACUGCGUCGUGCUGGUGGAUCCUUGGAGCUGUUGGAUGUUUCGAAGAAAAUGCCGGGUCUUGUGGCGCGUCCUGGUCGAUUGAAGUGGCGUGUGGGCUGGCGCUCCAAGUCCAAGUCGACGCACAAAGGUCAUAUGUUCAAGGAUGACAAGAAGGAUGAAAACCAAAGCCUCCACCAAUGGUUUGAUAGCUACGAAGCACUUACCCAGGACCUCCGUGGUAACCGUGUUACACGAUCGAUGUUCCCUACACAGGGAGCUAUUGCUGAUGAACUACACAAGACACUUCGUCUGAUCCCAACAGACCAGAACUCGGGUGGAUUCUUCAUCGCUGUGCUGCGUAAAGUGGCCGAUCUACCUGUUGUGUGGCGAGGAGGUCACUUUCUCAAGAACUGCGAGAAAUAUCUGUCGGAUACGGAGUUUACUGCCUCGAACACGUCGCUGAAGCCACAGAAGAAGAAACGUCGUACGGAGGAGUCGACGAAGAGUGAAGGAGACAAGAAGCGAGAGACGCUCUACCGUCCUGUUAACGACGAUGUAUGGCUGCAACUGCGUGAUUUCUACGGGCUCGAGGAUGAAACUUUAAAGGACCGCUUCUGGUGUCGCUCUGACACUGCAGCCACGGUAAACUACGUGGACAAGGAGAUUUCUGACGCCUGCUUGGGAGGUGAUGCCCUUGAUAUCGUCAAUACGGGUCUCAAGGUCUUCACCAAGGUGACUGAGCGCGGAGAAGUGUUCUACCGUCCGUCGGAGGAGAGUCUCGGCUUCUUUGACGAUUUCUUCACCAAACGGCGACUGGAUAUCCCCAUUACUGACUUCUCCAAUCUCAUCAAGAACGCGGAACAGCACGUUGCAUUCGACACGCUAUCGCCGGACUUGCACAAGACACUCGAAGGUAUGGCCAUUGGCCCUGCGGUUGUCCGCGUUCAGACACAUGAGCAAGUUCGUAUGAAUAUUUGGGUGGGUAAGGGCUCGAUCCUCCCGCGUGUGUCCAAGGCCAUGCGUGGAGAGGUCGAAGAUGCGCUCAACCGGUGCUCGGAAAACUAG